UCAUUAAGGGCCCCUCCUCCAUUCUCAGCAUGAGAAAUAUUGUUACCAAAAGGGAAAGGAGCUUGUGCAGGAUCAAUCCUUCUAGCCAUCCACCCACCCACCUAUCCAUCACUGAGAACCAUGCUCCAUGCCAGGCAGCUUCACAAAAGGUCCCUUUCCCUGACUCUUCAGAGGCCAGAUUUUCCAUCUUGGUACUAGAUGUCUCCGACGUGCAAAGUACGAUCCAAAGCAGAAGGGAGUACACCCGCAGUCAAGAGGGCCGCAGUCAAGCCUCACUGGUCAAAGGGACCCCACCAGCCCCAGUCCAACCCCUCCUUCCAGCCCACCCAGGGCCCCCCUUAGUGCCAAAGCUCAGUUCAAGCAGUGUUCCUGGAGGAGGAAGAAGAGGAUGGAGAAGAGAAAAGCCCAGGACGGAAAUGAAGAGGACAUCUCUGCAACAUGAUGUCACGCAGGCUGCUUUCAGAUCCCCCAAACGAACGGAGAACAGAAGCAAACAACAUGGACUCCAGAUUUAUUCGGCCUCAAAAGCUGUAGGUGCACAGGAGAACUUGCUGAAGCUGGAUAGUAUUGAUGAUCCGCUGGUGUCACCUGUGUCCUGUUCACUGACCUCAUGCUGAGAGCUAAAACUUCUUGACAUUUACUGGCAGAAAGUUUUAUUCUGAAAGUGCCUAGCCCUGCAGGCUCGUGAUAGUUCUUUCCAUGGUUGUUUCUUUCUGCAACCUGUUGACAGAGCAGCAGCCUCAUGGGAUCUUGGAAGCAGCUGGGUCUGAGCUGCUGGGUCACCUCAGUUACCUAGAGGAAUACUAGCUCCACAAAAAAGGCAUUCUGGCAAUGCCAAGAGACACAUGCCCAAUUCUACCCAUUCUUCCUUGUCUGCUAAUUUGAUCCACAGGGUUAUUUUGGGCUUGGGUCAGAUCUGGAUCCAAAGCAGCUAAAUUCUGCAGUUUUCUGCAUCUGUAAUCCUUAUUAGUCACUUUCCUACCCUCAUCUAAGAUUCACUUUUUACCUGAAAAAAACAAUAAAUGUGUACCCCCUCCUGGGUACUGUUGAAUCAAUGAGGAACUAAAAGAAAGACAU